AUGAACAGAUUUUACUUUUCGUUGCUUAUUGUUUUUCUUCUCCUUUUUUACUUUCCUCCAUUUCUUUUCCCCUCUAUUCCUCCUAUUUUUCUUUUUCUUUUAUUUGCUUUUCCUUUCUCUACUCAUUUUUUCUUUCCCUUUACUCUAUUUCUCCCCACCCCUAUUUCUGUAUUUUCCCAUAUUUUUUGUUUUACAUCCGUCUUUUUACCUUUCUCUUUCGCUCGUCCGAUGAGCUUUUCUUUCAUGGGCAAACUUUUUCUCUUUAAUUUUCUUUUGUUUUAUUUUUCCUGCGAAACUUUUUUCUUUAAUUUUUCUUUUUUUACUUUUUCCUUUUUCUUUUACUUUAUUUUUUCCUGCCUUUUUUCUUUCUUACUCUUUCCUUUUUCUUUCUUACUCUUUCCUUUUUCUUUCUUACUCUUUCCUUUUUCUUUCUUACUCUUUCCUUUUUCUUUCUUACUCUUUCCUUUUUCUUAG